AUGCUUCAGGCCUCACCCCUGGCAUUAUGGUUUGCCUUCACCAGGGCCGUAAAGCGGCUUGAGGAUGCGAACGAAGGGGCGCGUUCAGGCUGGGCUACAAGCCUGUAUAAGGCUGCUCGCAGCGUUGGUCAGCAUCCGACGCGCAUCCGUACCGCACAGCAGCUGAAGGCAGUCCAUGGGAUUGGAGAUUUCACUACCAAGGUUCGGAUUGUAGCUGCUGGGACAUGGAUUUUGAUGUGGGUUGCAACGUGUCCGUUGCUGGUCUCGGAAGUUCUUUGGCACGAGUUCCCACCCGGCGAUCCUGACUCAGAGGAGGAGCAGUUGGAGGACGAGGUGCGGCAGGCCGCCGCGUUGGCCCCGGCGGCCCUGACAGGUGGUGGCCGCGGUCGGGGUCGCGGCAAGCGCGCCGCUGCCGGCUCUGCGGCAGCAGCAGCCGCUGCCGCCUUAGGACCCCAUGACAUUCCCUUUGGAGAUACUCUGGUGGUUCCAGUGGCUGGGGCAGACGGCGGGGACGCGCCGGCUGGGGGCAUUGGCAGCGGCAGGACCCGCAGCCGUGGUGGUGGUGGAGGCUCUGGGCGAGGAGCGGGCCGGGGUGCCGGUCGCGGCAAGCGUUUAGUAGCUGUUGCGAACGCUGGGAGCGAUGGCAACGGCAGCGGCGAUGACGUUGUAGCACUAGCGCCUGCGAACCUCAACAACGGGAGUCUAAGGCUCGGUGUGUACGGAGCUGGUGGGGGGCUUGGGGCCACGGCUGCUGCUGGAACAUACGGCGCGUACGGCUCGGGCGUUAUGGACGGGGAUACUGCCGGCAGCGGCGUGACGGUGCAAGGCGUGGUGACCGCAGCACCGGAGCGCAAGCGAGCCCGACGGCAGAGCGGAGGGCCCGACGGCGCGGGUCUUGCAUAUGCCCCUAAUCCUGGCACGGCCAACUACGCCUUUUUAAUAGUAAUGUACAUGGUGCGUGUCGUCGCGUGA